ACCGCCGAGAAUUUUAUCGGAUGUCACUGCAAUAGAUGCUGGGUCCCCUCCGCAUCCUCGAUCGCAUCGAUAACAUCGACGUCCAGACGUCCAGGCCCGUAAAAGCCUCCGCCGAUCCCACCGACGCCUCCCAUCCACCACCUCCAUCUCCAGGAAAAUUUGCCGCUCCGGAAGCCACGAAAGCCUCUCUCCGCAUCCCCCGCGCCCGCUCCCCACCGCCCCCCAUUCUCGAGAUGUUGAAGCUCUCGUGGAAUGCCACCACCGACCAUGUCAAAGCCCUGGCCCAAUGCAGAUUCCUCGACGCGCCGAGGCCCGGGCUCCUCCCUUCCAGGCGGAGAGCCGUCGUCUCUUGCUACCCGGCGAGCAAAGCCCCGAGCUUGGCGGUCGUCUCCGACGGGUUGGCCUGGGUCGAGCCCGGGUCGGGCAGCUUGGCCGACCGGCUCAGGUUGGGCAGCUUGACCGAGGACGGGCUGUCGUAUAAGGAGAGGUUCAUAGUGAGGUGCUACGAGGUGGGGAUCAACAAGACGGCCACCGUCGAGACCAUCGCCAAUCUGUUGCAGGAGGUUGGGUGUAAUCAUGCUCAGAGUGUUGGAUUUUCGACUGAUGGAUUUGCGACGACCACUACAAUGCGGAAAAUGAAUCUCAUAUGGGUAACUGCCCGCAUGCAUAUUGAAAUAUACAAAUACCCAGCUUGGAGUGAUGUGGUGGAAAUAGAGACGUGGUGUCAAGGAGAAGGCAGGAUCGGAACUAGACGAGACUGGAUACUCAAGGACUAUGCAAAUGGUCAAGUUAUUGGAAGAGCUACCAGCAAGUGGGUCAUGAUGAAUCAAGAAACUAGAAGACUUCAGAAGGUCGACGAUGAUGUUCGUGAUGAGUAUCUGAUUUUCUGUCCACGAGAAUCAAGAUUAGCAUUCCCGGAGGAGAACAAUGGAAGCUUGAAAAAAAUAGCUAAGCUGGAAGACACUGCUCAGUAUUCGAGGCUGGGGCUUAUUCCUAGACGAGCUGAUCUGGACAUGAACCAACAUGUCAACAACGUCACCUACAUUGGAUGGGUUCUAGAGAGCAUGCCUCAAGAAAUUAUCGACUCCUACGAACUGCAAACAAUCACACUGGAUUACAGGCGUGAGUGUCAGCGCAAUGAUGUUGUCGAUUCGCUCAGCAGCCAUGAACCGGACGAGAACUUGGAGGCCAUCUUGCAGCUCAAUGGAACCAACGGAUCAGCUGCCUCUCCGGCAACAGAAGAUUAUCGCCAGUUUCUCCACUUACUCAGGUUGUCUGGUGAUGGCCUAGAAAUAAACCGUGGCCGCACCCAGUGGAGAAAGAAGCCUAUGAGGUAACUCGUUUUCGUUUGCACGUAGAGAGACCAUUUGUAUUUUGUAUUUGUCAUUCUUCACAAGGAUUUUCUGCGCCACCGAAUCUCGCCAUUGCUUGCUUGUAGUUUUCCUUCUGCAUAGAGAACUGUGACUCUCAUGUCGGAAAAAAAGAAGAAAAAAAAACGAGAGAAAGAUAUGUGUACUCAGUAUGCUUAUCCGAGGCACCACAAGGCCACCUUGUACUCCCGAGACUUGAGUUUGUAACCUAUCAUGCUGUUAGCAUAAGCUUUGUAGUUCAUUAUUUAAGAGGAGAAUUAUUAGAGGUAGUUCUUGGUGUUCUGUUUUCA